AUGUCGGCUUUGCGAUAUGAAGUCUCCACCUUGGAUGAUCUCAAGAUGCUCACUGAAACUUCAUUUGGAUUCACUCCAUGUACCUGGCAGCUCAACUCGGCUCUAUCUCAGCUUCAGAAAAAAGAUGUCUUCACCAUCUCACCUACUGGCUCCGGCAAGACUUUGACAUUCUGGAUUCCGAUGCUCUGCAAUGACGACAGAAUCACCAUUAUCAUCACACCGCUAAACAUACUUGGUGACAAGAACGAGAACGAUGUUUGUGCUAUGGGUAUCAGCGCUAUGAACUUGACAGCCACUACUGCGACAGACCAGGUUUUCAAGGAUAUCGAGGACCUCAGAUACCAAGUGAUCAGUGUGAGUCCAGAGCGUAUCCUCCAAGACCAACACUUUUGGAUGCUGUGG